GACUGUACACUGUUUUAUUCAGUUGUUAUACUCGUAUACUUGGAACAGUCUGUACAGCGCCAAUACGCUACACGCAGCUCGGUGCCAAGAGUUGGUAAUUGCAGAGAACACUAACACACAGUCGAAGUUAGCUGACUACGUUUUAGGUUUCGAGCCUUAGCAUCGUCUGCAGGAAUUCGUUGUCCUCGCGAUCAGGAUGUUUCGACUUCGUCAACAAUUCAUGGCUAUUCGCCGUUACAGCGACCAAGCCAAUAAAAUCAUUGGCCCAACAUGGAAGGAAUUUUGGUACAACAAGGCAGGAUUCAAUCAGCUUGGUCUUAUGAGGGAUGAUUGUUUGCAUGAGACACCCGCUGUCAAAGAGGCUCUCCGUCGUUUGGACCCUGACAUCCUGGAUGAACGUAAUUUCAGAAUUGUGCGGGCUGGAUAUCUUACCCUGCAGAAAGAUGUUUUGCCAAAAGAACAGUGGACAAAACUAAAAGAUGAUCAUUUGUAUCUCACUCCUAUUGUUGAAGAAGUUGAACGCGAAUGGGCAGAAAAAGCAGAAUGGGAAAAGAAUUAAUGUUGUCAAGUGGUUGUCUUAGACAAAUACAAGAAAAUCCAUAAACAACUAUUAGCCAAUCUUUAUUCAUAAUUAAUAAAAACAAAAAACAUAUUGUAAAUAUUUGUUAAUUAUCUAUUACAAAAGAAUCAAAGAUGAUUUAAAUAAAUAUGAAAUGAAAAUGCAA